ACGCGGAGGAGGUUUAACCAACGGGUCUUUCUCUUCUCCUCGUAGGCUGGGCGCACGGCAGAAAGAAAGAAAUAGAGAGGGAGCGAGAGGUUUCCUCCCAGAUAACUUUCCUCAUAUAUCCAGGACACUGCACCGGUAGCAUCUUCAGGUCAAAACUCGGAGAGAGAGAAACCAGCUGUCAGGUCUGCUGCGCGCUGCAAGGUCCGACGGGUUGGAACUCCAAGAAAACAUUAUUAAACCCGCUGAACACGGGAAUAACGAGGAUGCUCCUGCCUUUGGCAAUCCUACAGCUGCUCCUGACUCCAGCUCUCAUGGGGCCCAGUGUGGAUUACUGGGACUCAUGGGGUCCAUAUGGAGAAUGCAGUCGGACUUGUGGCGGGGGUGUGACUGUGAGAACUAGGCGCUGUAUUACUCACAGGGAGGAUGGAGGGCACAACUGUGUGGGACCAGACAAGUCAUAUCGGUCCUGCAACAUCCAGGACUGUCCAGAGGGAUCCAGAGAUUUCCGUGAAGAGCAGUGCUCCCAGUUUGAUGGGACAGAUUUCCACGGGAAACGCUACAAAUGGCUUCCAUAUUACGGAGCUGAGAACCCCUGUGAGCUGAACUGCAUGCCAAGAGGGGAAAACUUUUUCUACCGCCACCGCAGAGCUGUGAUUGAUGGUACGCCCUGUCACCCAGGGCGGACGGAUAUCUGUGUGGAUGGAGUGUGCAGGCGUAUGGGCUGCGACAACAUGCUGGAGUCUCCUCAGCAGGAGGACCCCUGUCUGCAGUGCGGGGGUAACGGCCAGUCCUGCUACCGCGUCAAGAACAGCUUCACUGCCCGCGACCUGCCAACCGGCUACAACCAGAUGUUCAUCAUCCCCGUUGGAGCCACCACCAUCAGCAUCAGAGAGACACAUGCCACACGUAACUACCUUGCUAUCAAGAAUCUACGUGGAGAGUACUAUCUCAAUGGCCACUGGGUAAUUGAGUUUUCCAGAGCCACACCUAUUGGCGGCACCAUGCUGUACUACCAGAGAGGAGCUGAGGGCGACAGUGUCCCUGAAACCAUCAUCGGCCGUGGCCCCACCACUGAACCACUUGUUGUUGAGCUGAUCAGCCAGGAGCCCAAUCAGGGAGUGGAAUAUGAAUACUACCUUCCAAAUGGACGCUCCAGAGAGGGCUACUACUGGAGCUAUGGAUCCUGGUCUGCUUGCAGCAAAGAGUGUGGAUCAGGCUACCAGUCUCGUUUGGUUUUCUGUUCAAUCGACAAUGAGGCCUAUCCUGACUAUCUCUGUGCUUCUCUGCCGAGGCCACAGAGCAACCGUACAUGCAACCCUCAACCAUGCCCACAAAUCCGCAGCUGGCAAACUGGGGAGUGGAACACCUGCUCAGUUACCUGUGGUGGAGGCUCUCAGGUGCGCAGUGUGCAGUGUGUUUCCAAUGAUGUCUCGGGACCCCGCGUGGUGGAGGAUGCCGUUUGUGCUGCUUACGCUGACGCUCCUCCUUCUCUGCAGACCUGCAACAUGCAGAAAUGUGCUGAGUACCAUGUGACUGGCUGGAGUGCGUGCUCAGUGACCUGUGGUUCAGGUCAGCAGACCAGAGAAGUGACCUGUAUGGGUUCAGAUGGUACGAGGCUGGAUGAAACAUCCUGCAGUGCUUUGCUACGCCCGGCCGCUGUCCAACGAUGUGAGAUGGCCCCCUGCCCCCAACAGAUCAGCUGGCACGUAGGAGAUUGGGGACUGUGCUCUAAGAGUUGUGGAUCUGGCUCACGAGAGCGCCAGGUGAUCUGCUCUGAUCAGGGGAGGAAUCUGUACCCUGUGGACCAGUGUAACACCCAGCCCAAACCACUCACAGUGGAGCGCUGCAACACCCAGCCCUGUUACAGCCCACAGGUCGUCCCCAGCAUUCAGGACCCACGGGGACAUGACAACACUCAGAUUGGCUUCCAGCCUUAUGUGCCAGAUCACGCAACAGCCCGCAGGCCUGAGACAAGAGAUCCAACCCAGACGAAUACAGUCUACGACCCUCACAGCUCCGCCCCGGCUCUCCACUGCAGCCAGUCUUAUUAUGGCUGCUGCUCAGAUGGGCAUACUUCAGCCAGAGGCCCCCAGGGUCUGGGUUGCCCAUCAGCUCCAGCUCCCUCUCCUGUCCCAACAUCCUGCAUUCAGACCAGUUAUGGCUGCUGUGAAGAUGGUGUGACGGCUGCUCAGGGCCCCAAUAAGGAAGGCUGUGCGGAGUAUGUGAACCCUGCACCAACUGUUACACCUUCUCUCCCUACUGAGAAUGCAGUAGAAUGCCGCACCACCACCUAUGGCUGCUGCUAUGACCGCACCACACCUGCAGGAGGACCCAAUGGGGAGGGCUGCCCCAAUCCUCCUAAUUAUAUUGAGCGAUCAAUCUGCUCCCUGCCCCGUGCUGCUGGCUCCUGCAGCAGUUGGGUGUCCCGGUACCACUUCGAUGUCAUCUCCUCCAAAUGUGUGCACUUCUGGUAUGGAGGAUGCCACGGCAACAGCAAUAACUUCAUGACCCUAGCAGAGUGCCAACGGGCAUGUCCACGACCUGCACCCAGCCGGCAGGCCCCGCAGCCUGCAGCUCCCUCUGGAGAGUCUACAAGAACCGCGGCUGGAGAACACAGCACGACUGGAGCAGAGACCUCAGCUGGAAGAGGAUCUAGAACGGAUGGGCGGUCACGCAACAUGGGGAGGAUUUUCAUAGUCCAGCGUGGCUCGACCAGCAGCACCAGCAGACAGGCUACAAGCGCAGCCACUAAUGCCCACAGAGGUAGAGUCUACCUGCGGGUACGCCGGCCUUCACAUGGCACAGCUGCACAGCACACCGGCCCAGCUGCGAGGUAAGACUCCAAAGACCCAGGGAGAGCAGUGAAAAGCUAACCCUACCCGAUCCAACCCCACUUCUACCACUACUGGCCUCGUAAUGCUGUUCAGAGCCUUCUAAUUCAUGCUGAAGGAGCCCCAGUUCACUCUACUCUGCAGGGCCAAAGAGUGUGCUAUAGGAGAUGGAAAUGCAAUCAAAAGACAAAUCAUGUGCCUCAUUCACCCAUCCUGGAAAUAUGACGGUGGAGCUGAAGCAACCAAAAAUCAUAUAUAAGCAAAUUAUAUUUUAUGCAAUCCAAAUUUUUUUUUUAACUUUCUUUAGUAAAGUCUAUCAGGGAACAAAACAGAGAACAUAGCUUACUUAGUCUUACCCUCCAUGUGGUUAAGCUCUCUUUCUGACACAGCAGAUGGAGGGUGUGUCAUUUUCCUGUAACAUCUGGUGUAACAAAGCACACCUCUGACCACACCCAACCUCACCCACAAGUAAAUCAGGCUGUGUGCUUUCCAGCCUGGUGUUGAGUUUCAACAACCUUUCCCAUUUUUCCUGGAUUUUGUUCAACAAAAUACUUAAUGUACUGUGCUUCUGUGUAACAUGCCGUCUUUGUAGACUCUUUCGAUGUUCAUAUAAUCUAAACUCUUGCUUUAAAAUGAAGCCACAGCUCUUUCCAGCUCCACAGAUUUUCACUCUCACGCCUGCUUAUGUCGCAACACCUCAUUUCUUCCUUUAACCUCAACCAAAUCAAGAAGAAGUCACCAGACCUCACACACCUUAUAUGGACAUCAACGCUGUUUAAUGCUUCUGGGACUCACUGCUCUCUGUCAGUCAUUAUUGUUGGUGCUUAUUUGUGCAUGCUACCUCUCUGUGUCAGUAACCACCAUCACGUCUGUGCUUUGGUGUCUUCACCUAAAUGUCAUGAAAUCAAACUAAUAAAAAUUCUGCUGUGAUAAUUCA